AGCUGAGUUGUACGAUGGCAGAAGCAUGGAGAGGACGUAUCUCUGGGCUGCUCCUCGUUUUCUCGGUGUUGGGGAGUGUAGGAGCUAGUAUUUCGGAUUUACGGUUAUGUGCAGAUCCAGAGUGUAAAGAACGGAUAUCUAAAGCCAUCACAGUGAUUGGCUACCCAAGCAAAGAUGAGUACAUACUGUCCUUCCCUGUCAAUACAGAAGUUACUGUAUACAGUAAAGAAGCUGGUACAAACAAAGACCUUUGGGGAGUAGAGAUUAAAGGAAAGAGAGGGUAUGUGCCAAAAAGAUAUCUGCGAGAAACAAAAGUUUUUGUAAAGAAGCUGGAAUAUGAGGUGCCAACAGAACUAGGAGAAAAUGUGCCUAACCCCCAAGAUAAUAAGCAGGGUGAAGAACCGAAAUCUGAUAACUUGAAUUUACAGCAUGAAGUUGAACAGCAGAAUGGUGAGCAAGUUGCAGAUCAGGUGGCUGCAAGUGCUGAGGAUAUAGAGUUUCAACGUGUGACAAAAGGCUUAAGUCAGGAAGAUGGAGAAAAAAAAGAAAUACCAGAUGAAGUUUUUGGUAAAGAAGGGAAAAAUGAGGAAGCUGAAUCCCCCAGUGAGGAGUUACAAAAGGGAGAUGAAGAUAUAACAAAAGAAAAUUCCCCAACAGAUGAACCAGCAACGGAAGGUGGAGAAGGUGAAAAAAGUAAAUCUGAGGAAGUGGAGGAGGUGAAAGUGAAUGAACAAGUAGGUGAUGAUAAAGAACGGUCUGAAGAAGUGAAGGAUGAAGCUGUCGGUGAUGGUACUUCUGUUGAAAAAGACCAAAAAGCAGUGGAUCUUGAAGUAAAAUCAGAGAGUGUUGAAGGUACAGAUAAACAAAGUGCCUCAGAAAAUGCUUCCCUUGAGACUGAGUCGCAAGAACAUGCUAAAAGUGAAACUUUGUCUGAUGGAGAGCCAAAUCCUCUUGAAACUAGCUCUCAGAAUGGAGAUAUGCCUGCCCCAACUCCCACACCAUCGUCACCUGAUUAUGAAGUUAUUGAUGGCACUACAAUAUAUUUUGAUGACCCACCACCUGCUGAAGUUCCAUCAGUUAUGCUGGACUCGUCUGUUCAUCUUGACUCUUCUGCUGUUGUAAAUGAGGAAUAUUCAUCUGUACAAACACCUCCCAUCAUAAAAGAUACUUUCACAGUGACUGAUGUGAAUGUCAUCGAUGUAACUGAGCCGACAGUCACACAGAGCCCUGAUAGUGCAAUUUCUGAUCAACCAGAGCUGGAGAGUGAGACUGUAAUGCAUGAUUUAAAUCCAGAGUCUACAGCAAGUAAAACGCAGCUUUUCACAGAUCAAAGUGAUAUUAUUUUAGAUGAUUCUAAACCAGAUAUCAGCCCUACUUCAUCAUCAUGGAUUGCUCAGGCUGCAACUUCAGUGACUUCUUGGUUUGGUGAAUCAGGGGAAGUGCAAGAAAAUAAUGAUUUAGAGAAUGUGAAAAGUGAAGACAACAAUGGAGAUGCCGAGUUGCCAUUGCCUGAGUCAAAUGAAAAGGACCUGAAAGAUGAAGAUAAAUCGGACUUCAUGGUACCAAAACCUGAGUCGAUCAUAGAAGAAGUAGUUUCUCAGGAACCUGAAGCAGAAGAGGAAAGUACAGGUUUCUUUUCAUCUUGGUUUGGAAGUUCUGAAGAUACCAUUGAGGAGUCUGAUGCCCCAUCAACAGAAUCUGAUUUUAUGGAAUCUGACAGACCCUCUCAAGAUACAAGUGAUGUAAAGCUAAAUGUGGUUUCUGAGGAAGGAAGCCCAGUGGUGUCAGAACAAAUUACUGAUCCUGCUGUGUCUUCUGUGCCCUCCAAUGCUGAAAAUACCCUUGUAGAUCAGUAUACACCUCCUGCUUCUGAUGUAGAUGAUACAGCUUAUAAACCCCAUGCAGUACAAGGUGGCCCUCCCAUGGUAGAGUCCAGUCCUGAUGCCACAGUUGUGCCUAAUCCUCAGGCAUUCACAGAUGACCUUACUUCAACAGAUGACACCCUUACCCCUAGUGAUGCAUAUGAUAAUGCUGAAGAGGAUUCAGAUCAGAGUUCAGAAAAUGUGAAUGUUUCUGCAAGUGACAGUAGCAGUGAUGGUACUGGUGUUACUGGUGAGAGUGUGACUAACACUGACCUUAACAGUCAACCAACUGUAGAUACUGAAGCACAAAGUGUAGAAUCCCCUCUGUUGGUGUCCUCCGAAGUAGAAGAUAGUCCUUCAAGAGCUGAAGAUAGUCCUUCAGAGCUUGACGACGAGCAGGAAGAAUUAGGGCCCAGUACUGCACGGCCACUGUUUGCAGAGCCAACUCCUAGUUUAGACCCUGAGAACUUAGCACAUCUCGCAGAUAGUGAAACUGAAGCAAUGGAAAAAUUACAGGAGGACAGCUCUGAGGAGGGAUCUAUAGCAGAGAACUUCCUGAAAACAACUCAUGGCUUGUGGAAGACUUUAGCAGAAGCACUUCAGCUUCCAGAAGGACUGGCCUUUGGUGUGGAAGCAGAGGUUGCUGAUCCACAUAUGUCCUCAGGAGCACUUGUAUUCCUGGGCAUAGUUGUAUGCACCAUUAUUACUAUUUAUAUCGUCCAUCUGUUCAUGGUUAAAUUGUCCAGAGAGGCACCAAUGUUGGAGGCCUUGAACCGCAUUGAUCGCGAAAAUCGUUUGCUGAAUGAGGAAAACAAAUCGCUUCAUGAGCAAAUAUGUAAAGGACGUAAAGAGUUGGAGGAAGUGGCAUUCAGACUUUCCCACUCCAGUGGAGAUAUGACUGAACUAAACUCUGAACUUGAGCUUGUUAAGAGUAAUUACACUAGUGAUAAAGAACAGCUUGAGGAAAGGAUAAUGCAGCUGGAGCAUGAACUUGAAGAAGCCACAACAAAUGGUCUGGAGAUGCAUAAAAUGUUGUCAGAAAUGCUCUCAACCCAGAGUGAUGCAACAGCUUUUCAGGCAUCUGUUGACCACCUGCAGUCUAUGUUAGAUGGACAGCGGGAGAAAGUGGAGACUCUUACUUCUGAUUUGGCUUUGAAAACUCGACUGAAUGAAGAACUGCACACAGAACUUGCUGCUGCGAGAGAAAGGGCCAACAAACUGGAUUACCAGGUUGAACAGCUAACACACUCCUUGGAGGAGUUGACGGGGGCCAAGGCAGAAACAAUCCAGAAGCUACAGGAAGAGGCUAAUCUUGUUCAAGAAUUGAAGAAAACAAAUGAGAUGCUAACAGAACAAACAAGCAGCUCUGACUCCAAAUUGGAAACCCUGACUAAAGACCUUGAAGAACAGCGGGACACUAUCUCCAAGUUGAGGGAAGCUAUUGAAACAAAGGAGUCAGAAUUGCAG